AGACACCUGGUACCACUUCUCAUUAUCAAAUACUUACUCUUCCAGACACCCGAUACCACUCUUCAUUAUCAAAUACUUACUCUUCUAGACACCUGGUACCACUUCUCAUUAUCAAAUACUUACUCUUCUAGACACCUGAUACCACUUCUCAUUAUCAAAUACUUACUCUUUUAG